CAGACUCAGUUAUGUCCCCCUCCUUUUCCUCCAUCACGUACAAACACACCCACGCACGCUCUGUUCAACAUUAAACACGACUGGAGGAGGGAACGUCUUGAAGCUGAUCGAGGUAAAGCAUCCGAGACAGGAGUUCGACGCGUGGAGGCUCUCUGCUGGUACGGCAGGCUGCAGCACACAUCUUCGACUCCUCCGCCUCCCCAUCUCCUCAUCUGAUCAACUACAUGGGAAACCGGUUGUGUUGAAAUGUCACACUGAAUGGAGGGCAUUGAAGUUCCAUUAAGAUGACCCGGACACAUCCUCCUGAUAUCCUGACAUCAACUCUAUAUCAGGACAUUCCUUUAUAUCCAACCACCGAUCACGUAAUUUCUGCUCACUCUUCUUUGCAAUGUGACUUGAAGAUGAUUGAUAAAGCAGAAAUCAUCAACAAAAGACACUGCCGCAGCUUUGACUUUCUUGAAUCAUUGGACGACCCACAGUCUGUGUCUUCCCCAAUGGAGUAUCCUUUUAAGCGUAAAGAGCAACAGACAGAACAGCAGACAUUACACAAAGAUCUAACAUGGAACGGACUCGAUCAACCAGGAUAUCUUCGCUUCUCCUCUCCAGAUUUAUUUAACUCCAGGCAAACCCAACAACAAACCAGUCAAGACAAAACCAGCCACCUCACAUGGUCGGAUUCUGUAAAUAGAAAAAGAUCCCGAAGUGCUCCCAGAAUCAAAUCUACUCUCACUCCUGUGCCCAUCUCCGUGUCUCCUCUGGAGGCCAACCAAGCCAAGGAUGCCCCAGACACUUUGAGGUCCUCUGAAACACAAAGAGAAGCACAUUCCUCCAAUAGGGCCUUUCUGAACGAAGUCCACCCUAUUAAACUACAGCCCCAUUCUCCCCUCUAUGUCUCUGACUGUUUUGAUGAGGGUAAAUCAGCCAUAACGCCACAUGUCAGGUGCCGUGUUGACAUUAAACCAGAUGCUGCUGUACUCCAACACACAUCGAGGCAGGUCCCCAAUCUAAGGCCUGAUCGACUCGCUUGGCAAAGAUACUCACAGGCUAGUAGCAGUCGAGGUUUGUACGCACCCCGACAGAUUUCCUCACCUACGCCAACUCCAAGUGAAUGCUAUAAUGGAGAUUUCAGACAAGGAUAUCACUACACUACAAGCAUGUCUCCUGUCUCUUACCAGCAUCUAGACAUGUACCGAAUGCCAUCACAAACAGCAAUGUAUCUAAAUCAGGAGCAAAGAGCUUAUUCAAACCCAAACAUCCCAACAAAAUUUUUCUAUACCGAGGACCCAGUCCGCUAUCCAGUUCAUCCCUUUUCUCGGACAUACUUUCAGGAUGAUAGGUCCAGUUUAGCCAGCCGUGGAAGUACUAUGACGAGUCAGUAUGAUCCAAGGAAUCGAUGGGUACAUACGCUUCCUCCCAGGUCGUAUUACACGGAUAAUUUUUCGCACCAAGAACCAACACACUCUGUAUAUAGUACACCCUACCCUACGAGUGAGGCAGGAUCCUGCUUUUCUCAAACACCCUCAAGCUCUUACUUUGGAGAUGACCCCCGUUUCAAUCCGUACCACCAAAGUUGCUCAAAUUUAUAUUAUAACAAGCCGUUUAACGCUCAAGAGGAGCGGUACUUUCCAUCAAGGCAAUACCACACAGAAGGUCGAAAGCGACCCCGCAUGUCACAGGCUUUUUCGGAUGACUGGUAUCGCUCAAGUAUAUCUGGUUAUUCCAACCAGUCUUCUCAGCUCACCCCACCAAGAGUAAGUACGGACACUUGUAUACCCCCAUGGUACUCUACCUACGGCACAGAGACAGGUAGACUUAGGACAGAGGCCAAAAAUCACUCCAAGUCUUGGGACAAUAUUCUUUAUCCUCGCCAUGACAGAGAGCAAUCAGUACUUCGUGGAAGAAGCUACGAGAACCUAUUUAACCAAGCCAGGCAUGGCAGAUCUCCCAAUGUCUCAUCUCAACCUGUUAUCCUUAACCUUUCAAGCUCGCCAAAACGUUAUGCUGCCCUGUCUCUCUCUGAGACAUCUUUGGAGCGAGGUUCAAGCAAUCUGUGGAAAAAUAGCAAGAGUGGCCACUGGUUUGUGACUCCUGAGAUCACCAUAACUGACAAUGAUAUCUGCGCCGGUAACCGUGAGCAGCGUGGUGUGCACGCUGUCAACUGGAAUACUCUGGACAGUGAAAAGAAAUUUGCCCCAAGAGUGAUUGAUGUUAAGAAGUCAUUUGACACAGCAGAAGUGACCAAAGAAAGGAAACGUAACAAUGUCUCCCUUCAGCAGAGUCUGGAGCAACUUGAUGAGUUGUUAGCCGACUUAGUGGUUGAUUAUAAACCACCAGCCAGCAGGAAGCCGAGCGGGGACUUUCUGGAUCAGCUUAAACAACUGAUUACUGAAGAUGAUGAAAAAGUCAAGGGAUCUUCUGAGAUUGAAAAUCUUGAAUGUCUGAACACACAGCUCCCGUCUUCAAAAUCCAGUCCUGACACAAUCAAAGACCCUGACAGCGGGUGUGAUGCUUUGCAAAGAAGUGCAGAAGAAUGCUCUCCGGACCACAGUGUGGAGGAAGAGGAAACCUUGGUGUGUGCUAACAAGAAGUGCAAACGCUCUGAAAAUAUGUUCAAUGCUUGCUUGUACUUCAAAUCAUGUCAUAGCUGUUACACCUUUUACUGCUCACGAAACUGUCGCAGGGAUGAUUGGGAGUCCCACAAAGAAACGUGUCUGUACGGUCGCGUGAGCAGUGUGUGCCGCCAUACUAUCAAGUUCUGUCGAGAAAAUUCGGAGAUUCAUAAAGCCUUCUCUCGUAUUGCUAAAGCUGGUUACCUCUCCAGAGGAAGAGGUGUUCUCUUUCUGGGUUUUGCCAACCCAGAGACCACUGAGAACUUUCUCCAAGUUGGGCUUGAGAGCCUUGUCAUGUCGCCCACAUACCUGUCUCUCAGAGAGCUGGAUGGCUUUAAGGACAACUUAGGUGACUACUGUAAGGAACUGCAGCAGGCAGGUAAUGAGUAUGACCCCAGGGAAUGUUUCCUCUUGAAUGUAUCUGUAGCUGUUGGUGAACUAGUGCCUAACAGACCCUCACCAAGGGUCCAAACACCAACAGUUCGAAAAUAUGCAAAGGUUUCCUUGGCUUCUUCAAGCCCAGAAAAAAAACUACUGAAGAAGGAUAGUGAAAUGGAAACUCUCAUCCUUACUCCACCUCCGGGAACGCCAGCCAUUGACCAGGAGGGGGAGGAGGGAAGGAAAGCCAGGGAGGUGUGCUUUGUCAACAUUCAGCGUGAGCUCAGGGUCAGGGGAGUCUUCCUUCGACACGAGUACCCCAAAAUCUAUAAUCAGCUAUGUGAAUUCGUGGAGAGCAACAAAAGGUUCACCCCAACAACCAUUUACCCAUUAGAUAAGAGAACAGGGAAACAGUUUAUGUGCAUGAUCAUGGCCGCAUCUGAGCCGAGAACAUUAGACUGGGUGGACACCCCCCAUCUCUUGGAUGAUAUUAUUUAGAACAGCACAGGAUCGGAAUGGGAAUGAUGUCAAGUUACACAAAAUGUAAAUAUUGUAAAUACUUUUAAUUUGGAAAAUUGAAGAUUGACAUGCAAUAAUUUGCAUUUGACCAAUUUCCCGCCGUCUUUGGACCUUUAGCACACUGACAUUGACCUAUGAUACACCCAUGCACACCCACAUACGUAUGCCUACUCUUGAUUUGAUUUUUAUGCUCUCAGAGAACUUUAUAGGCUGCAUGCAAACUGGGCACAACAGAACAAUCCAUGUUUUUGAACAUGUAUGAAUUAUUCAGUUUCUGCUCUACAAUGUACAAAGCACACAGCAUUUAUAGUAUUCGACAUGCAUAUCUUGCCUCCACAGAAUAGCCAGAUAAGUCCCACAAACUUGUUUCCCCUCACACAAAUUUAUCUGAAAUAAUCGUAAUAUUACAACUGGUGACUAGUAUUCAGAGUACAUUCAUUAGUAAAUUGUAUUUGUGUGGCUACUUUUAUAUCAGUCUUUCAGUUAUUGUUUGAUAGAAAAUGAAGUACAAUCAAGAUAGCAUUUCACUUUUCCAUCUAUGUAUUUCGAUGAAAUGUGCUUGGGUAAACUGCUUUGUUUGGAAGUGGCCUUCAUUUGAAAAUAAGUAUUUUAAAUAAAGCAAAAUAUAAUUUUUAAAUCUUUCUUCUGGCUAAACAGGUUGUUUUAACAACCCCUUUAAAUCACACAUUGCUUAAAGCAUGUUACUUUAAAAUUCAGGUAUGUUCUAAAUAUUAUGAUUUAUUAUUCAAUUUAAAACUAUUUAUACAAAUAAUAAUAAGUUACCUUAUUGACUGUAAAACCACCUGAAUAAUACAAACUAAUAGUACAGUAUGUUUUUAGACAAUAUGCAAUACGAGAGCAAAAAAAUGAACAACGUAGUCAAAUGAUUAUCAUUAUUGGUAUGGAAUUGUUCUUUUGAACUAUGUUUUGUGAAGACUUAUUUUCUUUAAAUGGUAAAUGAUAAGAAUGUUCCUGAAAAAAAAUCUAGAUAUAUGCCUGCCUCCGUUGUUAUUGCUGACUAAGCUAAGAUUGCUCUUUUACUGGAUUAUAUCUUUGUGCAAGAUUUAAAAUUUAUAUUUUGUGAUGUUUAUAGCCUAUACAUAGAUAUAUAAUAAAUGGAGUUGAACAAAUGAA